GAUCCUAUUGUGUGAAUCUACUCCGUUUAGUUCAGGUUCCACUGUACUGUGCAAGCCUAGAAAACUGGUUAAUUCAGCAAGUAAUUUAAGGGAGCUGGGUGAACACCACCCUUACGGUUCAGCUUGAUGGCCUGUUUCACACCCCAAGCUAAGACAUGCUGUUUGGCUUUGGCUUAGCCACUGUGGUUUGUUGACCAUGAUUAAUGGCUUACUGCUACCUGUUUGGGAAGCAGCUCGAGCUACUGGUGCGAAUCUCUUUCCAGGUCUCUCUCGAAUACAACCCAGGCUGGGAGAGCUCUGCUGUGAAUCUCCUGCACACCCGAGCCGUGGGCCUCAACGACACUAUCCAUUACAUCUGGAGCACCAUUGGGGUACCCACAGCGUUGCUGGUGUACACUGGAAGCAACAGCAGCACCCUGCGCGUCAACUGGACCCGGCUGCUCUCCUCUUCUCCAGCCGGGGCCAUCUGGGUCGAGCCAGGUGAUCGUGUCUUGUAUUCCACGGCCAUUGUCUUUACAAGGCUGUGGGAAUACGACGGCACCAACACGUCAGACCUAUCCAAGGUUCACGCGGAGCACUUCUACCCCAGCUACAAUCUGGCUAACUUCACCUGGGCCAGCCUCGCGGGCCGGCUGAACAAAACGGCUCUCACUGCGAAAUUCCAAGGUGUGAGCUCGGGCCACGAAGGGACGUUUUGGAACGGGAGCGUCUCUUUCCAGGUGAUGGCAUACGAGGAGGGCGGCCGUGACAACCCUCUACCGCGCCUUCUGCACAGUGCCAACAGCUCCAAGGUGGAGUUCGUCAUGCGGGGCGUGGCCCCCCGGGGCAACCGCUCUCGCUUUGCCCUCGAGAUCCUGGCGGUGGAGGAGGGCAGCAGGCGGAAGCAGCUGUGGCCGGUCCGCUCCAUCGAUGAUGAAUAUACUCCGACAAUUUUCGAGAUGGCCCAGCUGAUCUCUGAGCCCCAGAACAACAGCUUUGGGUCAAGCUUCCUGCAGUGGAAGACGGCUGCCUACAGCUCUCAGAAUCCCCGGCGGGAAGACACCGUCCACUGCCAGUAUUACCCGCUCCAGACAGUCAACACCACUGGUCCGGAGUUCAGCAUUCUCCGGGCCUACUUUGGGGAGGACCUCGAACGACACUGCAGCCUGUCUGCCGUCAAUAUCUCCUUUGGCAGCAAGGACAACGAAGCCUAUGAAGAGAAGGGGUACUUGAGUUGGUCUGCACUGGUCGGUUUUGGGGAACCACCAAGAGAGAGCUUCUCUAUGCUGGUCAUUGGCAUUCUCGCUGUGGCACUGGGGACACCGGCGGUGCUGUUAAUUGUGGGGACCCUUGUUGUGCUCACAAGGCAGGAAAAGCCAUGUUCUGAGUACGAACCAAUCAACUGAUGGGUGCGGGGAGUCCAAAGUGGACGCUUCUCCAGGGCUGCAUUUACAGACAGACAACAAGGCUUCAUUGUGGAUUAUUUCAAAGACACCUGUCUCAGCUGCCCCCAUGGGGUGGGAUUUAUUUAUUUUUUCCCUCUAAAGGGGGCUGAUUCAUCUCAAAAUCAGGACUGUGAAGAGGGUUGUGUUCUCCGGGCCUGUUGAACAGGUUCUGCUGUUUUGAAAAAGGUUUUGUGGGGUUACUGCGAUGACCGCCUCAUCUGGACGUGCAGUUUUUGUUGAGCAGGAAUGGGAUGUGACGUAACGGUUUAGUGGUUCUGAAUGUUCAUCUCUCAGACGGUCUCUUCCCACGAUGUACAGGUCUCUCACAAUACAUGGAGCACAAUUCUCAAACACGGGGACAUUUCAGUUUACAGACUUAAGUUCUCCCAGGGUGCUGUAUUUUUUGAUAAUGAAUUGGUUGGAGCAGUGUUUCUCAACCUCGGCCAUUUUAA